AUGCCAUAUCAGCCUGCCUACCGAGACAUCUAUCGCUCGAGCGUCGGCCCUGGCCUGGCCAAAGAUGCUCCCGCUGCACCCACGACAAUCUACGACACGGGACUGCCAGCGCAGCAAUUGCACUUGGUUGCGAAGGGAACGGGGACGAAGGACGAGGAUGUCGUGACUUUGUGCGUGGGUGUCACUCGUGUACGGGAUACCUCACACUCACUCCCCGCGGCUGAAGAGGGCGGCGAGCCGGCCAAGGACAGAGAGGUCACUUGGUCCGGCCUGGCGUGGUUCCACGAGCACUCUUCACAGAUACCUCUGUCGACAACAGACCAGGCCGACUACGUAGACUGUGUUAUGCGGCGAGAAAAGCUUUGGCAUGAAGCCCGUUAG